AUGGUCCUAAGGCUCCGAGCCCGGAGUAGGUGCUGGAAGUGGGAGCGCAGGACGGGGGAGGGGAGGGGAGGGGAGGGUGAUGAGAGAGGGGGUGGAGGAGGGCGAGGAGGCUGGGGAGGAAGGGCACUCGGGCUGCGGGGAAGGGUGCCAAGGGAGGGUGCUCGCGGCCGCGGAGGGAGGAGCCGGGGAAAGGUGGAGCGCGAACGGGUGGGGGGGGCGAGGAGGAGUUGGGGGAACGAGGAGGGGGCGUGUCGGGGGGGAGCCAGCAAGUCGUGCGCUGCCGUCUCUAAGUCGCCGGUGGCAGCCGGGUGUGCAGCGCCGCGCUCCCGCGGGAGGACGGCCCGGGGUGUCGGUCUGGGAAACUCUGGCCCCGCCCCCGUUCUCCACCCGGAUUCCACCCGGAUCCACCCAGACCCGCAGCCCCUCGCCUGGAGUCCCGAGGACCCGAUUCGAAACCAGCCGCGGGAGCCGUGGGGACAGGCGGGAGAGAGGGCUGGGCCCCCGUGCCUGGGAGAACGGGUCCUUCGAAGUAGAAACUGGGGAGAGGACGUUGAGCCAGGUCCCCUGGGAGAAGGCCGGGCCGGGUCGGGAGCUCCAGGGGGCAAGGCUGGGACGGGGCUGGGCGGAGAUUCUGGGAGGGGGCUGCAGAGAGGGGAGGGCUCUAUGGGCGGGAAACAACUGCUGGGGGGCCUGCUGGCCCAGACACCACCUGGAGUUAGAUGUGGAGGGCAGCCCUCAGCCCUCAGCCCCAGCUUCAGGGGACUCCACUCGCCCUCCCUGCCCAGGUUACGAGGUUUCUCCUCGGCUUCGUUCCCGCUGCGCCCACUCCUGAAAGCUCCGGAGAUGCUGAAGUCUGGACUGUGGAAUGACUCUACAGGAUACUUGGAGGGAUAUCAGGUUUAGGAGACCGAGGGGCGUGGAAUCGGAGCCAGGCUGC